GCCCGACUCGCGCUCCCGCGGCGGACGAACGGCCACGAGCGCGCGUGCGCCCCUCCGAACGUCCCCGGGAGCCCCGCCAGAGCGAGCGCCCCAGCCCGGCGCGCAGGAGUGAAAAGGAGGCGGCGGCCGCGGCUGCGAGCAACAGAUCCGGGGGCUGCGGGCAGACUCGCACUGCUGUUGGGCGAUUUUUUUUCCCCCCCAAGAUAUUUAUUAAUUUAGAAAAACUUGCAUUUUUAAAUGGCGCUGGCCCCGGAGCAGCGGGCGGUUUCCUCUGCUUCAAGAUGGGCUUUACCGUUUCCGUCGUGGGCACCACUGGUGGCCUGAUUGUCAGUCUUCUCCGGGCAUUUUUAAGGCCAGGAGCCGAGCACUGCCUGUAGGCGAAUCACCCUACACAGCGGUUUGGCUUUUAAGAUUAUUAUUAUUUGGGGGCAGAGAACAGUCGAUCUCGGGCAGGUAGUCCUCUUUGCAGGAGAGGCUGCGAGUCGGAGGCGGGUCGCUCGCAGGGUGAAAUUCCUCCUGGGGUGAGCGAGCCCCGGUCCCGCGCACAGUCCAGGCGGCCCCAAGUGUGUGUCCUGUCCCUGCCGGCGCCGGGAAAAUGGAGGCUGUGAUUGAGAAGGAAUGCAGCGCGCUGGGAGGCCUCUUCCAGACCAUCAUCAGCGACAUGAAGGGGAGCUAUCCAGUUUGGGAAGACUUCAUAAACAAAGCAGGGAAGCUACAGUCCCAGCUUCGGACAACAGUAGUAGCAGCAGCUGCCUUCUUGGACGCCUUUCAGAAAGUGGCUGACAUGGCGACCAACACACGUGUAAUGCCCCCCUCCCAACAUGUCUCCGAGUCGCUCAACUUCCAGCAGCUUCGUUCUUCCCGCUUUUAGCCGAGAGGGGAGGCA